UUAUUUCGUCGUUUGAAUUUUGCUCAUCAGGUCGUGUUUCGAAAACUUAUCGUUUACCAACAGUCGUCAUGCCGUAUUACGCUGUGUCAGAAGGUGUCCGACCCGGGAUUUAUAAUUCUUGGGGAGAAUGUGAGCAGCAAGUGUCAAGGUUUCCAGGGGCGCACUUCAGGAAAUUCAGCACGCGGGAAGAAGCAGAAGAUUACAUGAGCGAUCCGAUAGAGGUUCCAGAUAGAAUUUUGCGACAGGCUCGUUUGGCGCGGAGCUUCGAGUUCACUGACGAUGAUUUUGCCGUGUGUUACACGGAUGGAUCCUGCAAGAGGUCCAAGGGUAACGCUGCUGGAGUCGGAGUCUGGUUUGGUCCCCGACACGUCGCGAACAUUUCGGAGCCCAUACCUCCGCCGAGUACAAACAAUAAGGCCGAACUACUGGCAGUAUUAUACGCCAUCCAUGCGGCGAACGAAGCGGGUUUGGUGAGGCUUGAGAUCAGAAGCGACUCGUGGUACGUCAUCAAUUCUUGCUCGGUAUGGAUAAAAAAGUGGAGGCGCAAUAACUGGCAAACAUCGAACUACAAUGGCUAUUCGAAAGAUGUCGAAAAUCAAGACGAAAUUCGAGCAAUUGACGAAGCCUUAUCGUUAAUUACCGUUCGCUUCGUUGAUCUGCGGAAGCAGCUUUUAUCAUUCUCGGCACUUUUAUCGGUGAAAAUGCCGUUUUACGCUGUUCUGCGUGGUGUCAAUCCUGGGAUUUUUUCGUCUUGGCAAGAAUGUGAGCCUCAAGUGUCGAGGUUUAGUAGGAAUGAGUACAGGAAGUUCUCCACUCGCCAGGAUGCGGAAAACUACCUGAAUGAGCAAGGGUCUCAAGUUACUGUCAACAAUCGUAUCCUAAUGGAGCUUUUGCAAAUAGUAAAGGAUCUUGUUCGCAAGGUGCAUGUUCUGGAAUCAUCGCAUGAAGCUGUGAGAGGUGUGCCACAAUGUCCCUGUCCGCCAACUGUUAAGUUUUCCACUCUUGAGAUGUGUCAUUUAUUGAGCGUGUCCCGAAAGGAGCUCAAAGAAAUCACACUGCGAGGUGAAGGACGUCUGUCGCAAAUGUUAAUGGACUAUUUUCCUGGGAACGCGGAUAAACGUAGAGCCGAGACGGACAUCAUGUCAGUAGAACCUCCUUCCAAGAUACUGAAGCCAGAUUUGGUGGUCAGAGAGCCAGAGUCUCUUGUUGCUUCCGGAGAACGUUCAACAUAUGAAAAGCCGAAAAUUCCUCCAAGAAUUUUAGAAGAAGCACGAAAAGCGAAGGUCUCAGAUUUUACUUUCACUCCUGAUGGAUUUGCCAUCUGUUAUACCGACGGAUCCUGCAUCACUCAUUUGCAAAUUUCCGGAGUUGGAGUUUGGUUUGGACAUGACCACGUUGCGAACAUUUCAGAGCCCCUGCCCGUUCCGGGCACAAGUAACCGUGCAGAACUGACUGCCGUGCUCUAUGCGAUCCACGUUGCAAAGGAAGCCGGUCUGAGUAAGUUGGAGGUCCGUACCGAUUCGACAUACACCAAGAAUUGUGUCACUGUUUGGCUGCCGAAUUGGAAAGUCAACAAUUGGCAGACAACCGCGAAUAAAGAUGUCCUGAAUCAAAAUGAAAUCCGAGCUAUCGACGAAGCCUUCAAUUAUGUGGAAGUGAAAUUUAAGUGGAUACGAGCUCAUUCCAAAGAAGAAGGAAACGAAGCUGCGGAUCGAUUGGCGAGGCUUGGUGUGGCUAAAUCUAUGAGAAAUUCCGAGAGUUGAAACUGGCCCAUUUAUCGGAUGUCAGAAGCAUUUCGAAGAUUGUAUGAUCUCUAACAAUCUCCGGGAUUUUCUCACCUGAAGCAAGCAGAAGUUGAACAAUGAUUGAACUCUGAGCUUAGUGCAUUUGUGCGAAUGAAAUGUUUCUUGUGUACAGUGCUUAACUCUUUGGAAGGUCGCCAAGUUUUUCUCUCAAAUGCGCCGAGCUCACCAGUGCCUUUUUUUUUUGGGCGCUCCAUUUUUUCAAAUCGUGAAUCCUGUUGUCACGGUAUGAUUGGAAUUUUUAAGGAAUACGAGGGUUGUCCCACUUCUGGCGUUGGAUAUAUUUCUAGAGUAGGUACCAUUGUUUUUAAAAAAAAAAAUUAGCUCAUGCAAUCGUAAGGUUCUGGGAUUUUUUCAGAAUUUUUAGAAAAAUUUCAGAUUUCCUGCAGGAUAACUGCAGAACUUUCCAGUUCUUGUGAGAGUUCUCCGUCCACGUCACUGGCUGUUGAAAAUUUUUUUUAGUCCAGACAAAAUAUUGAAAUUUAUUUCGUUUUUAUUAUAAACUCCUACAUCUUGUGCAAUUUGUGGUUUUUGCCUGUGAUAUGUUCUCACUACUUCGAAAUUUAUAAAACUUUUUAUUUUAAUGUUCUGCCUCAAGGUUAGAAAGCAGGGUUGUAUGUGCAAGUACGGUUAAAUCUUUUCCCGUGAGUCAGCCAAUUUUCCCUCCGUUUGCCCAGGUUCCUCUCCUGUCUUCUUCAUCAGUUAAAAAAUAAAAUGAACGAAAAUUAUAUAAAAAUUGCAUGGUAAAAAGAAAAAUGGCUCAGGCAGGAACUAGGCCUUGGAUGGAGAACCUUGCAAUUGCAUGGGCUGUACUUUUUACAUGUAUACUUUUUGCAACGGUACCUACUCCGGGAAUACUCUACAGGAACAGGAUAAAACUUGUAAUGGUGGCUUCCUGAGAAAAUUCGAAUUGGUAAAACGCGAAGUUCUCCACAAUUGCUUAUUGGACAUUGUAAAAGAAGAUGUUUUGUUUAAAAAAAAAAGGAGGAAUCCUUGCAUGGGGAAAUUCGUGCCGAUUCUUUCGCAUCAUUUGGAAAAAUUCGCAGAAAUAGUCGUGUAUGUAAACAUGAAUACAAAAUGAAACAAACGAGCAAACUCAACAAGAACAUGAUCGUUGUGCUGUUGGAAAACUCUUCUGUUGGUUUUCGAAAUACAAACAUUGUCUGGUUGCUGUAUCAAGAAA